GCCACCGCCACCACAGCUGCCGCCGCCUCAGCCGCGCCGGCCGUUUGAACGCGCCGGAAGUGGGCGUAGAGCAACUUCCGGAAGUUGGGCUUUGACGAGAGAGGAGUGUCGGGAAUGGCGACCAAGAGGCUAGCACGGCAGCUUGGAUUAAUUAGGAGAAAGUCAACUGCACCAGCAAAUGGAAAUCUAGGAAGAAGCAAAUCUAAGCAGUUGUUUGACUACUUAAUUGUCAUUGAUUUUGAAUCAACAUGUUGGAAUGAUGGGAAACGCCACCGGAGCCAGGAAAUAAUUGAAUUUCCAGCUGUAUUGCUGAACACAUCAACUGGAGAGAUUGAAUCUGAGUUUCAUGCUUAUGUGCAGCCUCAGGAACAUCCAGUUCUUUCUGAAUUUUGCAUGGAACUAACAGGCAUAAAGCAGGAUCAAGUUGAUGAAGGAGUCCCUCUGAAGAUUUGCUUAUCUCAGUUCUGUAAAUGGAUUCAGAAGAUUCAACAAGAGAAGAAAAUUAUUUUUGCUACUGGGAUUUCAGAUAUUUCUACUUCUGAAGUAAACUUAUGUGCAUUUGUUACUUGGUCAGACUGGGACUUGGGGGUUUGCCUGGAGUAUGAGUGUAAAAGAAAACAGCUAUUAAAACCUGUGUUCCUUAAUUCCUGGAUUGAUCUCAGAGUAACUUACAAGAUUUUCUAUAACAGAAAACCAAAAGGACUAAGUGGUGCCCUGGAGGAAGUGGGAAUAAAAUUCUUGGGACGAGAACAUUUUGGGUUGGAUGAUUCUCGGAAUACUGCCCUUCUUGCUUGGAAAAUGAUCAGGGAUGGUUGCUUAAUGAAAAUUACAAGGUCCUUGAACACGGUUCCCACUAAGAGGAAUCCCAACAUUUUGGCCAGAAGUUUGAAUAUGGAUCGAGUUGAAGAAACAUCAGCCUGCAUGAGUAGUAUUCAUAAUCCCAGCAUAUAUGAUAGGGAGCCUGAAAAUACAAUAAAAUCUCACCAGAAACUUCAAAUGAGGCCAGUUGGUGUGAAUUCUCCUAUAAAGGUACAGCAAGAUCAGUUACAACUAAAGGACAAUGUAAAAGCAGGUCUUCACAAUGGCAAAAGCUGUUUAUCUGUUUUUAAUACUAAAUCCUGGACUUCUCUAGGGCAGUUGCAGUCUUCCAGCUUGAAUACACCUAUGCAGAAGCAAAUAAACCAACAUGUUGCAUUUAAUACCAACUCUAAGUCUUCAACAGUUGGUUCAGAAUUGGUACUUGUUUCAACAACCAUCUCAUCUGUUAAUAAUGUUUGUGAUACGGAAAUGAGUUCUGCUCUUGAUUGUUUACCUAUGCUGACUGAUUGGGAGGAUGUAGCUUUACUGCCAGCAUCUCAGCCUGAGCAGAAUUUAUGCUGUAUACCUCCCAUUAGUGAUUCAAACUUAGACACUUCAUUUAAUUCUGGAGAAACGUUAAUGGGGUUAGAAGAAUCUGAAAUGUUAAAUCAUGAAAACUUUGGAGGCACAGAAGAAACUCCUCAAAAAUCUGAGACCUCUAAGUCUAUUGUGUAUAAGAGUCCACAUACUACUAUUUAUAAUAUAAAAGAAGCCGAAGCUCCAGGUUCCAAUGUUUUUGACUUUAAAUUACCUGAAUAUAAAGCAAGUAGCUUCAAUGGUAUUAAUGCCAAUAUGUCUCAUCCUUUAGUUCUGAGGAAACAUCUUCUUUUAGGUGGUACUAAAAGGAAUCCUUCCAGUCCCCUACCUUUUCCACCAGCAAAGAAACAGAACUUCACUAUUCAUGAGGAAAAGUCUGCAUCAUCUGAUGGCUCCCCAAUGAGCAGUUCUUCCUGGAAGGUUCUCCCCUCUGUUUUAACUUCUAGAGUUAACCUACAGGAGCCUUGGAAGACUGGGAAAAUAACACCUCCUUUAUGCAAGUGUGGUCGAAGAUCUAAGAGACUUGUUGUUUCAAAUAACGGACCGAACCAUGGAAAAGUUUUCUAUUGUUGUCCUAUUGGGAAAUACCAAGAAAACAGAAAAUGUUGUGGUUAUUUCAAAUGGGAACAAACACUUCAAAAGGAAAGAGGCAACAGCAUAGUUCUGUCUCAUUCCCCAGGGAGACUCACUUUUAGUUCUCCAGAAACAAGCCAUAUUUGUGACAGAAAUGUAAAUUUUUCUACUAAAAAUUCAUUGAAACUCAGACCUUCAAUGAGGAAUUGACUUUUUUUACAUCUAAUGUUUUUACUUUAAUGUGACUUUUAGUGCAGUAAAGAAAAAAAUGUGCGUAGGGCUUCAAGUUGUGAGGACUUAGUGUAUCUGAGCUCUGUAAGCUAUACUGGGGCUAUUCAGCACAUUUUCACACACACACACACACACACACACACAGAAAAUAGAAGAAAAAAAUUUUCACUGGCUUCUAAUUUCAUUCACCAAUUAUCUAAUAUUUGUUUUCUGUUUAUGUAUGAAUCCUGGUUGUACCUUAAAUUCCCAAACAUUAUGAGUAUUCUGAUAAUGCCUUGUACUAUUUUAUAUUUCAUAUGUUAAUACUUGCCAAAUUUAUCAUACUUUUUGAUAAGCACAAAUGAAGAACCACAAAUGAAGCA